CGUCUUGGAUCACAAAUAGGGAUGCAGGGCGCAUGCGCAGUGCGCUCCGUUUACUGUAGGAUAUUCACCGUUGAGGAAAAAAGGGGGCAGGCACCAAAUCGGGCUUUUUAAAACAGCAAAAAGCCGACUUGUGCCAUGUAAAUAACCGACGGGAGAGACACGAAAUUGGAUUAUCAACAGGGAUUUCUUAUAGGUGUGAUGAGACAAAGGAACAAAGGAUGCCUUAGAGGAGAGGUUGCCUAUAUGCCUGGAAACCUCUUCAAAGCACACCGCCAAAUGGAUCUAACGUCUACCCCUGCCACCUCUAGAUCAUGAUACUUGGCUGAAGCUAUUCCGCUAUCUUUAUGAUCCCUCCUCCAUCUAUGGCGAACUAUAGCCAUGCAGGGGACCACACCAUCUUGCAGAAUGUCUCUCCUCUUGCCACGUUCCUCAAACUGACCUCUCUGGGUUUCAUCAUCGGAGUCGGUGUGGUAGGGAACCUCCUGAUCUCCAUCUUGCUGGUCAAAGACAAGAGUCUGCACCGAGCGCCCUAUUAUUUUCUGUUGGAUCUGUGCGCCUCUGACAUCCUGCGCUCUGCCAUCUGCUUCCCCUUUGUCUUCACCUCAGUAAAGAAUGGAUCUGCCUGGACCUACGGGACGCUGACCUGCAAAGUGAUUGCCUUCCUGGGUGUGCUUUCCUGUUUCCACACAGCAUUCAUGCUGUUCUGUGUCAGCGUCACCCGCUACCUGGCCAUUGCUCAUCACCGUUUCUACACCAAGAGGCUGACUUUCUGGACCUGUCUCGCGGUCAUCUGCAUGGUGUGGACGUUGUCGGUGGCUAUGGCGUUCCCGCCGGUGCUCGACGUAGGGACGUACUCUUUCAUCCGGGAGGAGGACCAGUGCACGUUUCAGCACCGAUCCUUCAGGGCGAAUGAUUCACUGGGUUUCAUGCUACUGCUGGCGCUCAUCCUCCUGGCCACGCAGCUGGUUUACCUCAAACUCAUCUUCUUCGUCCACGACCGCCGAAAGAUGAAGCCUGUCCAGUUCGUGCCUGCCGUUAGCCAGAACUGGACCUUCCACGGGCCCGGCGCUAGUGGACAGGCGGCGGCCAACUGGCUGGCCGGGUUCGGUCGAGGCCCCACCCCGCCUACUUUGCUGGGCAUCCGACAGAACAGCAAUGCAGCGGGCCGCCGGCGUCUACUUGUAUUGGAUGAAUUCAAAACGGAGAAGAGGAUUAGUAGGAUGUUCUACAUCAUGACGUUUUUCUUCCUGGCUCUGUGGGGCCCGUACCUGGUGGCCUGCUACUGGCGGGUGUUUGCGAGGGGCCCCGUGGUCCCUGGAGGCUACCUGACAGCAGCCGUGUGGAUGAGCUUUGCCCAGGCUGGGGUCAACCCUUUUAUCUGCAUCUUCUCCAACAGGGAGCUUCGGCGCUGCUUCAGCACUACACUCCUCUACUGCAGAAAAUCCAGGUUACCAAGGGAACCCUACUGCGUUAUAUGAUGGUUUUACUGUGUUUUUUUUCCCCCUCAUCUUUGUCUCUAUUACCCUGAUUGAUCUUGAUCGGGGCUUGUUCCCGUUGUACAGCGCACUGUCUCUUUCUGUCUCCUCUCUCUUCAUCCUCCAGCCUUCUCUGGUUCCUCCUUCUCCGCGCCCUUCUGCUCAGUAGUGGAGGGUGGACUGCCAAUCAUGAAAAUGAAAAAGUCUAUCAAACACGGAGGCUGAAGGGAAUGGGAAUAUGCAGGAGGCGUGGAUCCCCUCCUGUGUUUAUGUUCUAGUAAACAUAUAUUGUGGAAGGCCAUGCCAAUGCAGAGAAGCAAAAAGUUAAAAGAAAAAAAAAAAAGGACAAAACAAUUAAAAGAAAAACCUCUUGCUUUGGAUAUUUUGAAGAUGCGUUACUCUGUGAUGUGUUAACUACAUAAAAAAAGGAAAAAAAAGAAAAAAAAAUGAACAAAGAAACGAUACCUCUCAAGGAAUCACUGGAAAUGUUUUACAUUUUAAGAGUUGCACUAAAAAGAAGAUGUAAAGAUGCUUUUUUUUCUUUGUUUGUUUUUGAUCGAAGGUUGCCAGCUGCAUUGCAAGGACAACUUUUCUUUCAGCCCCCCCCCCCCCCCCAAACUAAACUAAACACUGAAUGCUUUAAUUUGCAACAGACUACAGAACCGCUGUAAGUAAAGCAAAACUCGGUGACUAUUGGGAUACCACCUUCACAAGAGGAUGAAAUGGUUUUAAUGUAAGUGAUAUUUCUUUUUUUUUCCCAUUUCCUGGGUGAGGGGUUGAUGAUGGGGGAGGAAGGGGGGGUUUACAAUGUGUGGUUUUGAAGUUGCAACUUAAAACUAGAAAUUAUUUCUUGUAGUUUUACUAUCCACAUGUCCCUGGUGUCUGGCAUUGUUACUUUCUUAACACGUUUUACAAAAAAAAGAGGGGAAAAAAAGACAAAAGUGAUGUAUGGAUUUGAAAAAAAAAAGUCGAUUUUAAAAACAACCUUGUGCUUAAAAAAGACAUUGAAGAAGUAGUUAAAUGUUUCAUCAUAUCCAUGUACCUGAACAUGAUCAUAUUGUUACAGUAUUGCUGAUACCAUUCCGGGUGUUCUUGCCUUAAUGGUUAUGAUAUUGUUAUGUUUAUUGGUUGUUUUAUUUUUAUUCACUCCUAAAAAGUUGGAUUUUUUUUCUUACGUUUCAAGGGGGAUAUUUUCUCUUUGUCACAUCAGCGUGAAGUGCAUGUCCAUUUUUAAAAGCUGUUCCACUCCCAUGAGCAUCACAGGCCAUAACACUGAGCAGCCCAAUCUUUUUUGUAUUUUUUCUGUUUCUGCAAUGGUUUGCUACACCCCACAGAGUGCCCAGAGCACAGGGAGAGUGUAGGUGUGUGUUUCAGUGGAUGCGUGUGUGUGUGUGUGUGUGUGUGUGUGUGUGUGUGUGUGUGCGCGUGCGUGUGUGUGUGAUACAGUGCAAAUGAGUGUGGAUCAGACAACAGUCACUUCAAGACCAGAGCCUUAGUAUGAAAUCUUGCACAAUUUGUAAAAAAUGUAAAAGUAAAAAAAAAAAAAAAAAAAAAAGAAACAAAAAAGGACAUUUAAGGCACACCGUCUUGUUUCUACUUUCCCUACAUUUGCUCUCUACUGAUUGUUUUCAAUGACUUACUUUUUUCUCUCUUGUGGCCAUUUUAAUAUUUAUUAUGCAUUCAUUUUUGUAUAUUAUAGAUAGAUCGUGUGUAAGUAUGUGAGUCUUUCAUUUUGAAGUCCCGAAUGUGAGUACAACUUCAGUUAGGAUUGCAUUUGCUGAAAGUUAACUGUGUAAUCUGUUGCUUUUUGGAAAUAAAAAGUUUCAAUUUUGCAA